AAAUAAAAUAAAAUAAUAGGUCCAGAAAAAUCCAGGCGACGGCAUAGAUAUACAAAGCAAGAAUAGGAUAGAAGAGAGUCGGUUUAUCAACUACCCUCCAAAUUUCAGAGUGGAAGGAAGGUUAAUAGAUUCCUUUCAGAUUUGUCCCAUGGAAGAAUGUCAAUCUCCCGACGCUUUCGAUGUUCUUAACUCUGAAGAAAUUCCCUACCAUUUCGUUUGUUGCGUUUGCUUCUAAGUAAAUAGGAUCUUCUUUACAAGCCAAUCGUUCUGCAUUGUGGUCAUAUAGCAUGUUUCUGGUGCAUUCACAAAUCAAUGAAUUCUCAAAACGAGUCUCAUUGUCCAAUUUGUAGAAAUCCAUACUCUCACUUUCCUGGAAUUUGUCAAACACUUCAUUUCUUGCUGUUAAAGUUAUAUCCGAUUAUAUACAAUAAAAGGGAAGUCCAAACUCUAGAGGAGGAAAAGAGAGUUGGCUAUUUCUCUCCGGAGUUUAAUGAUCACAAAUGUGAAUCACAGGCUGAUACCGACAUAGAGGAACUUAGUCAAAUGAGACCUGUUGCAGGGGAAGAAAAGGAUCGGAUUUCAGUUGCGGAUUUGCUUUGUACCGCAUGCAAGCAAUUGCUUUUUCGUCCUAUUGUUCUUAACUGUGGUCAUAUUUACUGUCAAACUUGCAUCAUCUUCCCUGCCAAUGAGAUGCUUAGAUGCCCAGUUUUUCAAUGCUUGCAUCCAAGUAGUUUUCCAAAUAUCUGCUUGACUCUUGAUCAGUUUUUGGCGGCUCAAUUUCCCAAUGAAUAUGCUCUAAGAAAAGAUUCUGUUCUGCUCAAGCAAGUCUCUUCCAAGCAUGAUAGAGCAACCAUCUGUUCCGUGGAAGCUAGUAAAUUAGAUUUCAAACCUCUCGAACUGCCCUCAAGUGGUCGUUUUCCUUCCUCUGUUCAAGCUAGCUCAUAUAAACAUGUAGGAGUUGGUUGCGAUGCUUGUGGGAUGUCUCCAAUAAUUGGGGAUAGAUACAAAUGCAUAGAUUGUACAGAGAAAAUGGGAUUUGACCUUUGUGGAGAUUGCAAUGCUACUCGGCCUAAGCUUCCGGGCAGAUUCAAUCAGAGACAUACCCCAGAACACAGGUUUCAGCGCUUACACCGACUUGAAUGCACUCCCCUGGUGGUAGAACCUUUACAGUGCCUCAGGCUCAAGUUGCAAGGAUGGUGGUGUUAUUUGAAGUAUUUUGUAUGUAUUUGCAUGAAUGUGUGUAUAUAGAAACAAAAUAAGCUCAAUAUGAAUGUGUGGACCUUUGAACAUUCCUAAUUCAUCCCCAA